AGGAAUUGCAGCAUCGCUGAUGGACGGCGGCAUGACGGUGCACUCUACGUUCGGGUUGCCGUUCGGUACACUGACUGACGAUUCAACGUCGACCAUCACCAUGCAGUCGUUGCGUGCUCAGAGGAUACGUGACGCGGCACUCAUCGUUUGGGAUGAAGCGCCAAUGUCACCGGGACUACAACUCAAGGUGGUCAAUAGAUUGCUCAAGGACAUCAUGGGAUCGGAAUUACCGUUUGGUGGGAAACCGGUCCUGUUCGCCGGCGACUUCAGACAGAUACUGCCUGUCGUGCGCAGAGGGACAAGGAGUGACAUUGUAAGGUCGUCGAUUAAAUAUAACUCUCUGUGGCGCGACAUGGAACAGUUCAGUCUGACGCGAAACAUGCGUGCCGACAACGAUGUGGACUUUGCUACUUGGUUGCUACAGCUCGGGAGCGGCCAGUUGCCAGCGGUCGACGGUGUUCGGGACAGCGUCGAAAUCCCCCAAGAAAUGGUAUGUGACAUCGCUAAUUUGAUUGAUUUUGUUUUCCCGCAGCAAAUGUCGUUGGCAAACAUCGACGAGUUUGCUCGGAAAAUAAUUUUAUGUCCCAGGAACGACGAUUGUAGGAAGGUCAAUCGCACGGUGUUACAACGCAUCGAUGGAGCUCAACGGAGCUACACGGCCAUAGACACUGUUGUGGUCGAUGACCCUGACGAAGUGGCCAAUUAUCCGACAGAGUUCCUCAACACUCUGGAACCGGACGGACUGCCGCCGUACAACUUAACGCUAAAGGUGGGUUCGAUUGUCAUGUUGCUUAGGAACCUAGAUUCUAAGAGACGCCUUUGCAACGGUACGAGAUUGGUUGUCACUGAAUUACGACGAUACAACUUCAAGGCGAAGAUGUUGUCUGGUGGUGCACAGGACGAAAUAAUCAUACCUGCGAUACCACUCACGUCGUGUGGCGAAGAUGACCUGCCCAUCAUAAUGCGAAGAGUACAGUUCCCCGUACGUUUGUCGUUUGCGAUGACCAUUAACAAGUCACAGGGACAAACGUUUGAUAGAGUUGGAUUGCUUCUGCCUUCACCGGUAUUCACGCACGGACAACUGUACGUAGCCUUUUCACGAGUGAGGAACUCACAAUCCAUAAGAGUUGGUAUGUGUGGUGAUGGUCAUGGUAGAUUCGUCACUAAGAACAUUGUAUACAGAGAGGUCCUGCAAACAACUGCAUAA